CUCUCGCUGGGAGUUGGGCGGGAAGACUGCGAGUGCGCAUGCGCAGGGCCGGCCGGCCUGACUCCUCCUCCUCCUCGCCGCGCGCUUCCCCUUCCUUAGCCGACUCCUCCUCCUCGACGCUCUGCGCCGCUCUCCCCAGCACUCUAUGGCGCAAGGAGCCGGAAGUGCCUCUCUCGUGUUUCCGGCCGGACCCGUUUAGGGAGCGGACCCAAGAUGGCGGCGCCCAGGCCAGCGUAGCGUGUUUGAGAGGAAGGUCGGCGGGUGCUGCUGCCGGCAUGGCGGAGGCGAAAGCGGUUGGGGGCCGGACGGUGCUGGUUCGGGGGCUUCCCCCUUCGGCCCGAGCGCCGGACCUGGAGAGGGAGUUUGGCCGCGCGGGGCCCGUCCGGAGGGCGGUGGCCGUCACUCGGCCAGGCAGCGAGACUUGUCGUGGGUUUGGGUUUGUCACUUUCUCCUUGUCGGAGGAUGCUCAGAGAGCCAUCCAGGAGAUCACCACUUUUGAGAACCGCAAGAUCAGCGUGACUCUUGCCAAUCCAAAGCCAAGGCAGAAAGGGAAGAAGAAGAAAGCAGAUUCUUCUGAAGGUCCUCAGGAAGCCCAGAAGCCACCAAAGAAAAAAGGACCCUCAAAGAAGGCCAGGCUGAUCAUUCGCAAUCUGAGUUUCAAGUGCACAGAAGAGGACCUGAAGAGCAUCUUUGCUCCAUUCAGCACUGUACUGGAUGUAACCCUACCCAGAAAACCAGAUGGAAAGAUGCGAGGCUUUGCCUUUGUCCAGUUCAAAAAUAUCCUGGAAGCAGGGAAGGCUCUGAAGGGAAUGAACAUGAAGGAGAUCAAAGAGCGCCCAGUGGCUGUGGACUGGGCUGUGGCCCGGGAGAAGUACCAAGCGAUGCAGGCUGUGGCCUCUCCUGCUGGGGUGCCAGAGAAGAAACUCAGCAAAGCCCCGCAGGAGGACACCGGUGAUGGAGGUGGUGGUGAGGAGGAGGAGGAGGAGGAGGAGGAGGUGGAGGAAGAAGAAGAAAGUAUGGUGUCUGCUAAACCAGUGAAGAGGGGCAGGUACUUUGAGAAACACAUCCCGCCUGUGGAGAGCGAGGAAGAGGAAGACAAGGCAAAGCUCUCUAGGGAAUCCGAGGAUGAGAGCUCUGGGGAAGAUGCAGGAGACAAUGAGGAGGAAGAGGAAGAAGAUGGUGGCUCUGAGGAGGAAGGAGAAGAUGAUGAAGCCCCAUCAAAGCAGAAGAAGGGCCAGAAAAAGCUCCCCUCAGAUGUCGGCGAAGGGAGGACGGUCUUCAUCAGGAACCUGUCCUUCGAUACAGAAGAGGAAGAACUGGGAGAGCUGCUGCAGCAAUUUGGAGACCUCAAGUAUGUGCGGAUUGUGAUGCACCACGACACAGAGCACUCCAAAGGUUGUGCCUUUGCCCAGUUCAAGACCCAGGAAGAUGCCCAGAAAUGCCUCCAGACGGCUCAAGAUGAGAGUGAGGGUGGUGGGCUGUACUUGGAGAACCGCCGGCUUCGGGUCGACCUUGCAGUCAGCCGUGAGGAAGCCCAGCAGCUGCGGAGCAAGAAGACGAAGAAACUCACUGGCACCCGGAACCUGUACCUGGCACGGGAAGGCUUAAUCCGUGCUGGCACAAAGGCUGCGGAGGGCAUAAGUGCUGCCGACUUGGCCAAGCGGGCACGGUUUGAGGACCUGAAGCGACAGAAGCUGAAGGACCAGAACAUUUUUGUGUCCCGGACGAGGCUCUGUGUCCACAACCUGCCCAAGAGCGUCGAUGAUGCCCGCCUCAGGAAAUUGAUGCUACAAGCGAUGGGCAGCGCCCGUGGAAUACGGAUCAAGGAGUGCCGGGUGAUGCGGGACCGGAAGGGCCAGGGACAGUCUCUGGGCUACGCCUUCGUGGAGUUCCAGGAGCACGAGCAUGCGCUGACUGCCCUGCGCCACAUGAACAACAACCCUGAGAUCUUUGGGGACCAGAAGCGACCCAUUGUGGAGUUCUCUCUGGAGGAUCGUCGGAAGCUGAAGCUGAAGGAGCAGCGAGCGCAACGCAGCCUGCAAAAGCUGAGGCAGAAACAGGUUGCUGGACGGCCCAUGUCUAGCGCCAGUGAGCCUGGCCCCCCGAAAAACACAACGCCAGGGGUGAAGGGACGGAAAAGACCCCCAAAGAAAAAAGAAGAUGGCAAGGCGCCUCUGGAACCCAGGGACCCUCCCAGCGCAACAGAGAAGAAGAAUUCAGCUCUGCUGAAACCCAACAAUACUUCAGGAAAGCCCCUUCCACCAGAAGGAUCUGCCAUUCCCUGGUCGGGGUUCCAGACACAGGCUGAGGUGGAGCAGGUGGAGCUGCCGGACGGCAAGAAGCGGCGGAAGGUUCUGGCUCUGCCUUCCCACCGUGGGCCCAAGAUCAGGAGGCGUGACAAGGGCAAGGUGAAGCUGCCCCCUGCAAAGAAGUCAGCAGCCCCCAGCAGACCUCAGAGGCAGGAGAAGCUCCUGCAUGAGCCCAAGCAGGUGCCCAAGAAGAAGCGGCAGGCAGGACGCAACCAGUCCGAGGCCCGCUUUGAGCAGCUGGUGGAGCAGUACAAGCGCAAGAUCCUGGGCGGCGGGCCGAAUGCCUUGCCAGCCAAGAGGGGCAAAUGGUUUGAGAGCUGAGUGGCUCCUCUGGAGGAGGGGCACAGACUCGGGGCACUGAGCCCAGAAACUGGCAAAAGCCCCUCUUCCUCCUCCGGCUGCUUGGACUGCUGGACUGGGCAAGACUUGCGGGAGCAGCAAAGAAAAAGGCCGGCUGGGCACUUUCCACGGAAAACUAUCCCUGUGCCGCAUCGGCACCCAAAGUCCUUUGAGAGCUGCAGGAGAAGCCAAGAGAGGCCACCUUUAGAAGGGCCUGGAGCAAAGAGGGGCUCUUUUUGGACUGGCAUGUCAGCAGAGCAAGAGGCUGUUGGGCCAGUGGAGGCUGGUGUGGAGCCAGUCUGACCCAGUGGGUCAGAGCCUCAUUGGCACAAAGGAGGAAGGACGCCCCGUCCUCUGCUCUGAGUCCACUUGUGUGUCUCCUUUCUGGGGGGCUGCCCUUCAGUCGGAGGAGUAGGAACAGAGGAGCCCUUUUGGGUUGGGCUCUCUGGCUUCUUUGUAGCCCCCUCCCCACUUGAACAGAAGAGAGGAGAAGGGGCCGAAGGAAACUAUUUGCCAGAGGAGACUCCUCAGGUUUGUCCCUUGAAUGGCUAAAAGCAUUUUUAAUAAAUAAAUCCGAGUGUAUUUUUCAAGAUCAGGGCAGUGGAGUGAGGUGGUUCAGUUUGUACAUUUCAUGCCCAGGGCAGGGAUCUGGGAGCCAGUGCAGUGUAAUCCUGUCUCAAUAGGACUCUGGGAGCAGGGAAGGCUGUGGCAAAUGCCCUCUGAAUAAACCUUGCCAUGAAAAAGCCAUGA